AUUUCUGAUCUAACUAACGGAAACAACAACAGCUCUGCUGAGUACGCGGACGUUAAUAAGCAGAUUCUGACCACUAGUCUGACGCAUCACUAUGCUGCAGUGAUGGACAGCGAGGGCACGUUGGGCCGCGGCCAUGCAAAUGGGGGCCGUGGGCUGCGCCGUCAGCGGUCCCUGGAAUGGAGAGAACGGCGCGGUUAUGGAGCCGGUGGCCAAUCCAGCAGCGAUGAUGAAGAUAACGCACGUCACGCUGUGGGGCCCGUGUCAAGUUCAUCCGUUACAAGAGGCGCUCGUAGUCCCGGUCAGGUCUUUGCCUCCAUUUUGGCACAACAAUAUGGCAAUGCGGGAGACAGAUCGUACCGUACGGGAUCCGACACGGAAGGCGCAGCAACUACGGACAACCCUACAACGCCAUUUCCUACGCCGCCCCCAACCUUGACACCGAAUCAUCGACAAGCUUCUCCGUUUCCCCUCGAAAGCACAAACUCUCGCCGGCAUCAUUAUAACGGCAGCAUAUCUUCCGAGAGAUCUCGCAACGGCAAUGGUGAGACCGUUUACGCGGCGUCCACAAAAAAGACGACUUCCGGCGGCGGUACCUUAGGUCGAAGAACACGCCGAGGUCACGCAAGCGCCUUGAGCAGUAGCUCGACGGCGAGCGAUCGUUCCGAAACUGUCUUCCCCGAUGAACACACUCGCAUGCAUCUCACCAAUGAUACCGGUAGGGAUUCUCCUCCGGAACCCGCGCCACCGGAAGUACCGCCACGUGGACCGUCUUUACACGCGACGCAUACUUUACGCACGCAACAAAACCGAAAUGGUUGCCCACCGAAUGCAUCAGGAAGUUUCACUGUGCCAAGUGACCAAAUACCGACCGAGACGUAUUCGGAGUACUUGAUGUCAGGAAGUCCACGGAGUUAUCCAGCACGAUCCCCGGGGGUCGCUUCCACGCCAACCGUGACCAGGCUUCCGCCACCGCAACAGCAGGUGACGGUGGGUUCUCUGGGCGGCGGUUUAGGCGGUGCCGGAAAUGGCGGUACCGCCACGGUAGGCGCGCAAGGCCAAGCCAUGGUGAUGCCAGGUUUUCCGCUUCGUGCCGCAGCGGUGCCGCACUAUUCCCCGUAUUCACCAUCGCGUUUUCACAUCGACAAACGUUGUCAGCACAGGUGCUCUUGGAAAUGCUUCUCGAUCGCUCUGAUCCUCCUGGCUGUGGCGCUGACGGCGAUGCUGGCGUACUUUGCUGCAGUGAGUUCUAUGCGCCCGAUAGACAGCACUAACUGCAUUCUGGUUCAAGAUAUCAAGGCUGUCACUCAUGAAAACGCACACAUCCACGACUCGAUAUCCACGCAGAUCCCCACAGAAGAAUCCCUGCCUACGAGUACGGCGGAGCAUUCGAGCGCCGCGGAUAGCGCCGGCGAUCAGCAGAGCGAUCCACAGAUCCAGCAAUCGGCGCAGCAAUGGCCAGCCGUGCUCGAGCUACAGGCCUACAACGUAGCGCACUCCGCCAUUAUUCAGCCGUACCACUUCUGGAACACGGAGUUCCGCAACAAGCAGCCAGCUUUCAUCAGACUGAACUUGACCCUACCAUGGGGUGCGAAUUUCGCAGUGUACGGCAGACGGAACGUCGCGCCCAGCGUCACGCAGUACGAUUUCGUGGAGUUCGUGAAAGGUGGCAGGGUGGUCCACAGGUUGAAGAGAGACAUCACUGCCGUCAGUUUUAUGCAGUCCACCAAUCCGCAAGACAUCCACGUGGAACGCGUGCCGCAACCGAUCGCGCCUUAUCAACACGUGCUCAUCAAGAGGACCAUUGUGGAACCACUGAUGGUCAAUGUCAGUCUACUGCAAUACUUUGACACCGGCGACUGGUUCCUGUCCGUAUAUAACGAUGAGUUACAGCCUUACAAGGUUACUCUGGUCGUGACGGAAGCCGAAGGUGUUUCCACUACGUGUCCCAAUGACUGUUCCGGACGUGGAUCGUGCUACCUUGGCAAAUGCGAUUGUAUAGACGGAUAUCAGGGUGCUGAUUGCAGCAAAAGCGUGUGUCCGGUUUUGUGUUCUUCACACGGACAAUACGGCGGUGGUAUGUGUCAUUGCGAGGAGGGCUGGAAAGGCGCGGAAUGUGACAUACCGUUAGGUGACUGCCAAGUUCCUGACUGUAAUCAGCAUGGCCAAUGCGUUAGAGGAUCUUGCGUCUGUAAUCCCGGCUGGAAGGGCAACUUUUGCGACGAACCCGACUGCUCUGAUCCGAACUGCAGCGGCCACGGCGCUUGUGUCUCCGGCAAGUGUUACUGCAAGGCCGGCUGGCAGGGCGAGCGGUGCAAUCAGGUUGAUCAGCAGGUGUACCAGUGUCUGCCCGGUUGCUCCGAUCACGGCACGUACGACCUCGAAUCUGCGGCCUGCGUUUGCGAGGAGCAUUGGACGGGGGUCGAUUGCUCGCAGCCGAGUUGCGGUCUAGACUGCGGACUUCAUGGAUCCUGCGAGCAAGGCCGCUGCAAAUGUCAUGAUGACUGGACCGGAACGAAAUGCGAUCAAAAACCGUGUGAUUUGCGUUGCGCCGAGCAUGGUCAGUGCAAAAAUGGAACCUGCGUGUGCAGCCAAGGAUGGAACGGAAGACAUUGCACAUUACCCGGAUGUGAGAAUGGAUGUAGCCGCCAUGGAUUGUGCACCCUACAGGAUGGCGAAUACAGUUGCGAAUGUUCAACCGGGUGGGCCGGCAGAGAUUGCAGCAUACGACUCGAAUUGGAAUGUAAUGAUUACGUUGACAAUGACGAAGAUGGCAUGAUGGACUGCUCUGACAGCGAGUGCUGCUCGCACGAAGCUUGUUCAGAACAUAUCAUGUGCCUUGCUAGUAAUAAUCCCGUGGACGUUCUCCUCCGAAAACAACCACCCAGCGUCACAGCGUCCUUCUAUCAACGAGUAAAGUUCCUCGUCGAGGAGAACAGCGUACAGAGCUACGCCCACAUGGACGAGUACACGGAAAGGUAAGAUCGAUCAUUUCCACCCGGACGGAUUAAAAUUCGAAUUAGAGUUCGCUUAGUCUCUUUCAUAAGAUAAGCGAGAGUGACGUGUUCGAACGACCGAGAACUUGCCAUUCCUUCAUAACAUUUCUGACAGA